AUGACGAAGAGGCCAAGGUUGUCAAUGGCACUGCUAGCAAUAGUGGUUCUGCCAAAUUUUCUAUGUGUAUGCAACGCGAUUGAGUCACCACAGUACUCGGUGGUUCACUCAGAAUCAGACUUUGAUAUCAGACUUUACAGAGAGGCCUCAUGGAUGUCUGCUCCUGUUAAAGACAUCUCCUUUGAGAAGGCCACCAGAAAUGGCUUCCACAGGCUGUUCCAGUACAUCCAAGGUGCCAAUUUGAAUUUCUCUCGAAUUGCAAUGACAGCUCCCGUGUUGACAAGCAUAGUCCCAGGAGCUGGCCCCCUUCACUCAUCGGCCUAUUUUGUUAGAUUCUACUUGCCUACAAAGUUCCAAACCACUCCACCCACACCCCUCCCUGAACUCAGCUUGGAACCCUAUACCUGGGACAGUCAUUACGUUGCCGUCAGGAAGUUCUCUGGAUUUGCAAGAGAUACUAACAUAGUGCAAGAGGCGGAGAAGCUUGCUACCAGCUUGAGCAGGUCUCCAUGGGCAAAUUCUACAUCAGAAGAAAGCAGCUAUGCUUAUUCAAUCGCGCAGUACAGCUCCCCGUUCCGGCUUAUUGGGCGUGUGAAUGAGGUUUGGGUGGAUGUCAAUCCAUCUGGGUUAGGUGGCUAUAAAUACAGUGAAAUAGCUACGUCCUGA